UUUUUGGUAACAUAUGUCUUGGAGGUAAAUGUUUCAGAAACUUCCCAUUGCUGGCUUCCCCUGUGUCCACUCUUCGGGCCUUGGGGCUGCUGUCAUUGCUGUUCCUCGUCUGAAACAAUGUUGUUUUUCUCACCAGAGUUCGGACAUCCUCAGCAACAUUGGCUAUGACAGCAUCAUCCAGCAUCUGAACAAUGGGCGCAAGAACUGCAAAGAGUUUGAAGACUUUUUAAAAGAAAGGGCAUCAAUUGAAGAGAAAUAUGGCAAAGAUCUGCUCAACCUCUCUAGGAAGAAGCCAUGUGGACAGUCUGAGAUCAACACCCUGAAGCGGGCCCUUGACGUCUUCAAGCAGCAAGUAGACAAUGUGGCACAAUAUCACAUUCAGCUUGCACAGACCCUAAGAGAAGAGGCCAGGAAGAUGGAAGAAUUCAGGGAAAAGCAAAAGCUGCAACGGAAAAAGACAGAGCUUACAAUGGAUGCUGCUCAUAAACAAAAGAGCUUACAAUUCAAGAAAACCAUGGAUGCAAAGAAGAACUACGAGCAGAAAUGCCGAGACAAAGAUGACGCAGAGCUGGCUGUGCACCGGAAUGCCAACGUGGUAAACCCGAAACAACAAGAAAAGCUUUUUGUGAAACUGGCAACUUCAAAGACUGCAGUAGAAGACUCAGACAAGGCGUACAUGCAGCAUGUCAAUACGCUGGAUAAGGUCCGAGAAGAGUGGCAGAGCGAGCACAUCAAGGCCUGUGAGGUGUUGGAGGCUCAAGAAUGUGAACGAAUAAAUUUCUUUCGGAAUGCUUUGUGGUUACAUGUGAAUCAGCUGUCACAACAAUGUGUCACAAGCGACAGCAUGUAUGAAGAAGUCCGUAAGAGUUUAGAAAUGUGCAGCAUUGAGAAGGACAUUGAGUACUUUGUGAAUCAACGCAAAACUGGACAGACUCCACCAGCACCCAUCGUGUAUGAGAAUUUCUACUGCCCCCAGAAGAAUACAGCCCCACCAGGAAAGGCUACGGGGCCUAACUUGGGAAGGAGAGGACCUCUCCCAGUUCCUAGUAUACCAGAUGACCCUGAUUAUUCUUUGAUUGAUAACUACAGUUUGAUCUAUCAGUAACAUCAAUG